UCGAGGUCAAAAAGUGAACUUUUCGAGCGUAUUUAUAAAUUUUUGGAACAUAAUUUCGUAACAGUGUAUUUUUAUUUCACCUAAACUCGAUGUUUGAUAAAUCAUGAUAAAAAUAAAAAAAUCAAUUUUUUUUCUCAAUUGAUAUAAUUAAUAAUACUGUCCGGUGGUCAUGUUAAUAAUAAUAAUAAUCAAAUGUUACCAUUGAAAAUAUUGACAUGAAUUAUUGUGGCGAGUGGCGACCCAGUUUGGAGUUUGUAUAGCCGGUGUCAAUGUAGGUGAAAUGAAGUUGCACCAAACAAGAGAAAUCGUCGUUUGUGUUUCCCUAUGUCCUAAGAAAAUCGCAAAUCGGGUGCAUAAUAUAUGAAAAAAAGCACAGUGUUCCACACAGAAAAUACCACCAAGAUGUAGGAAGUGUUCGUUUCGGUUUCUGUUAAAUAUUUCCAGUGUUUAUGUGGCACAGAUAAUUGUUUUCGACUUGGACGAUAUAAACAUGGCUACUAUUCAGACUCUUGGAACUCUUUCGGAUUAAAAUCGUCUUAAAUGGACGUUAAUGGUACAAAUAGAAAAGUACGCCGAGAAAGCAGGAUGAUUGUGACAUGCCGAGGCUGUGUCUGCAUGUCCGGCUGUAGUCUGGGCAAACUAUGAACUUAUUUGGCUGCCUCUUUCCGUGUGCACUGCAGCACAGUUGGUGGAGUGUUGGUAACGAGCAGUGCAUGACUGAGGAGUUCGUCCACAGGAUGGGCGUGAACGCUUCCACGGCACCCGGUGUCGAAGCUGGUCCUAUGCCCAACAGCAUGGGAGUCGCGGAUCCUUGCACGCCUCCUUUCAGGGACACAAUUGGGGUAAUCGUGAGGGAGCGCAAAAAGAAAGUUACUGGUUUUGCCACCUUAAAGAAGAAAUUUAUACGUCGGAGAAGAUCAUCAAAGGCGUGCGACCACGGAAGGAUGCUGCGUGAGCUGGUAUCUGAUUGGAGUCCUCUAGAAGUGGCGGCCUUACUAGAGGAGUACGAAGCGUUGGCCGCUUUGAAAGAUCUUUGUGUUCAAGCAGAGUUGGCGCGACCGCCGGCUGCCACCUUCAAACAGGACCUCUCAGCCUUGUACGACUUCAAAUACUGCACCGAUGCUGAUUUGGUCUACCGAGGGGCUUGUUUUCCUAUACAUCGCGCCCUACUCUCAGCCAGGUGCCCUUAUUUUAGAGACUUACUUGCCGGUUGUCCCGGUUACGGCGCUCGAAUAUGUCUCGAAUUGAGAACAGCCACGGUCGAUGUGCAACUGUUCUCGGCUCUUUUACGAUAUUUGUACACUGGAGAUAUUUGUCCGCAUGAUACCAACAUCGAUAUCAACUUGUUGAGGAGAUUACGAGAGGAAUUCGGAACACCUAAUGCCUUGGAAGCCGAUCUACGUUACUUACUCGAAAUUGGUGAUUAUGCCGAUGCUGCUUUAGUGUUCACUUCUGAUGGUUCCGACUGCCAAAGACCCGACUCGGGUAGUUCGGAAUACGGUUUUAGGCCAAAAUUAGAAUUACCAUGCCAUAAAGCCAUACUUUCGGCUCGAUCGCCGUUCUUUCGAAACUUACUACAAAGACGAUCGAGGAGCGGCGAAGAGCACACAGAACGGGCCUUACACAUACCUACCAGAAUCGUACUCGACGAAUCAGUCAUACCAAAACGAUACGCACGUGUUUUACUCCACGCUAUUUAUUUAGAUCACGUUGAUCUCUCGUUAAUUUCACGCGGUGGUUGUGGGGGUGGUUUAGGCGAAGCCCAAGCACUUACACAUACCGGACGGGCGCGACCAUCCCCCCUGGAAGAAGCAAUGGAAUUAUAUCAAAUCGGACGAUUCCUCGAGCUAGAUAUUCUAUCCCAGGGCUGUGAAGAUUUAAUUUUAGAAUGGUUGUCACUUGAGACACUUCCGACAGUACUUCAAUGGGCCAAACAACCGCACGGAUCGGCUUGGGUCCACCGACAGGCGUUACAUUUCCUUCGUGAAGAGUUUCAACCAGUGGCUCAGUCUCCGGUUUUGCAUCAAUUGGACAAAACCCACCUCAUUGAAGUAUUAAAAAGUCCGUUUUUGCAAGCUUCUGAACUCGAAAUCCUCCAUGCUGUACUCAAAUGGGGCGAAAAUGAGUUGGUUCGUAGAAUGGAGGAUCGAGAACCGAACAUUGUGAGUCAUACAGCGCACUCAGUGGCUCGUAAAGGUGUAAAAAAGCGUGAUUUGAGUGAUGUCGAGCUUCGCGAAAUUUUAUCCGAUUUGCUUCCAUUGGUCCGUAUGGAUCACGUACUGCCCCCAAAUAGUGAUAUUCUAAACCAAGCGAUUCGACGUGGUUUAGUGAGUACUCCCCCGAGUCAUAUGAUUGGCGGUGAUCGGGAGAAUUUACGAGUGAAUGCAUGGAUCAGGGGUGAUAAAAAUAAUGGUCUUUUUGUACAACCGCGCUUGUUUAUGCCAUACUACGACGAGGUGAAGGUCCUCGUUGAAGACCAGUUAGUACAAGAAGUGGAAAUAAUGCGCAUGCGUCGUGCCCGAUACAUGCCGGACAUUCCCGAUACGUUGUACAUGGUUGAGGAUAAGCCCCGAGUGCAUGGGGCUGCUGGUGUUGAUGUUUUAGCUUCGGUGCUCCCCGUGCCUGACCCGGCGGUAAUGAACGCAAUGUUGAAACGGGAACAAAAACUCCGCCAAUCGCCGAGCUGUCAACGUGCCCUUAACAUGCCUUUAUCCUCCCGACAUGAAAUCAACCGACAAAUUCGACUCCGUGUCGUGCGGGAGUUUAAUUUGCCCGAUCCAGUGGCCGACAUGUUGGAGAAUUGCUAUUGUGUUCCCGAGAACGAUGAUAAUGUCACUGAAAAUCACACAAUUUCGCCGAAUAAGGGCCUAAGGGGGUGCUAUAAUCGCAAUAUGACGUUUCCGCGACCGGGGGCGUACACACAAAGGCACGAAUUGCCGGCUGUUAUCCCUGAAGGGGAGUUCCGGUUUGCGAACGAACCGGAGAGUAGCUCAUGCAGUGAUGGGCAUUUGUCGGAUAUAAUGCCCGAUGUGGCGAUGGCGACGGCCACUUUGGGGCAAAUGCAGUUGCAGGAGCAGCAGGAGAUGGAGCUGGAUUUGGGGGACGGAGCCACUCAUCUGCAUGCCCAAAUGGCCGGGUCGUUGCACCACCCGAUAUACCGGCGGUACCAACCUUCUACUUAUCCUCAUUUGAGGUCUGAUUCGCAAUCUUACCACACUCCUAUGCCGAGAUUUUUAUAGUUUUAAUUGUUUUUCUUGGUUUCGCUUUCGUGUCUUGUACAUAAAGAUUAUCGGGAAUAAUAUACAUCUGUGAUUUUCUGUGACGAGACAUCUCUAGUUUUAAAAAUAUUUAUUAGAUCGUUUCUUUUUUAUUUUCGAGACUGAACCGAGAUUUUUUCGAUUACAGAUGAUGCCCGAGUUAAUAAUACUGAGAGUUGGUUAUUUAAUUGAUCAACAUAUUCCGUUAAUUCUGUAUUCAUGUACCUGUGCGUGUCUUGUCUUAGAUGUUGCUGUGUUGCUGUUACAUGUAAAUAUAUUUAGAGUCCACGUGACAACUCUUAAACGGUGCGAUUUUAUCCAUUACUAAGUGCAAUGUGUACUUAACACUCUCAUAACGACUAUCAUUAACUGUUUCAACAACGAACAUUUCAUUCUACAGUUUGCUUUUUGAUUGCUAUCAACUGUUUUUUUGCAUAUCAUGCGAGGAGAGAGCUGGAAACGGUGACAAAAAUUGAAUCUCAACUUAAGCUCUUGCUACUUAAGACUUGGCACAUUUACGUUAAAUAUUUUGUUUACAGCUCCCUCUUUUAAUUUAGUUAUAAAUUGUCUGUGAUUAAUGUUCUUUUUUUGAAGUUGCUACAUAAAACAUUUCUUGAUCGGUUGAUGUUGCAGAUCACCAUUUUGUGAUAUGUAUUGUAAUCUACGUUGAUGUAAUCACAUUAUUGUUAUACAUACAUGUUAGCUUAGAACUGUAUGGUUUAUAGGCUUCUAUGGGUAAUUAUUAUUUAAUAGAAUCCUAAAUGUACUCAAUCGGAUAAUUCAUGCGAUUCAGGGUAUCCACAUAAACAUGAGACAUGUUUAUUUGUGAUAUGUACUUUGUAUUCAUUCGGUUAUGUUGCUACAUUUUUAAAUACUUUUGCAAACUGCAGUAUGUUACAUUUCAAUAUGAAUAUUAACACAAUACGAAAGACAUUAUAGCUUAUUACAUAAUUUAUUUCAAAAUGUAAAUAUAUGAAAUACAAAAAAAUGAUAAUUCAA